AAAUUAACUUAUAUAACAUGCUCAUUUCCAAAAUUUCCCAUCUUUUACCGAAAAAUUCCUGGAUAAAUUCUUUUUAGACCACCAUAAAAUCACGAUUCUGUUUUGACUUUUACGACAGCAAACCCAUGAUUGGAAGUUGAAAAAGAAAUUGGUUGUGAGCUGUGUGAAAAGGGAAAAUGGAGGAAAUUGAGCACAAGUACAUCGGAGUGAACGGUCUGACCCUCCACGUGGCGGAAACCGGGAGCGAGUCAUCGCCGGCGGUGGUGUUCCUGCACGGAUUCCCCGAGAUAUGGUACUCGUGGCGCCACCAGAUGAUCGCCGUCGCCGGAGCGGGGUUCAGAGCCAUCGCGCCCGAUCACCGAGGAUACGGGUUGUCCGAUCCGCCGCCCCAACCCGGGAAAGCCACUUUCUCUGAUUUCAUUUCCGAUCUCCUUGCACUGCUUGAUGCUCUUGCCCUGUCCAAGGUUUGCUUGAUCGGUAAAGAUUUUGGAGCUCGAAUAGUUUACUUAUUUUCACUGUUUCAUCCUGAGAGAGUAUCCGGAAUAAUUACACUGGGAGUGCCUUUUGUGCCUCCAAAUCGUCCUACAAAUCUUAAGCCUAUUGACAAGCAUUCCUACAUCUCAAGGUGGCAAGAGCCAGGAAGGGCUGAGGCUGAUUUCAGCCGUUUUAACUGUAAGACUGUGGUGAAGAAUAUUUACAUUCUCUUCUCACGAGAUAAAGUGCCGACAGCUAAUGAGAACCAGGAGAUAAUGGAUAUUGCGGACCCAUUGGCUCCUUUGCCCUAUUGGUUUACCAAGCAAGAUCUUGAAAUUUAUGCUUCGCUGUAUGAGAAAUCCGGAUUUCAAACUGCAUUGCAAGUUCCGUAUAGAUCACUUCAUGAAGAGUUCGACAUUAUGAAUUUGAGGGUUGAAGUACCGGCAUUGGUAAUUACGGGUGGGAAGGAUUACUCGUUGAAAUUUCCGGGAAUCGAGGAUUACAUUAAAAGUGGUCGGUCGAAGGUGUACGUGCCAAACUAUGAGAUGGAAUACUUGCCUGAAGGUUCUCAUUUUAUGCAGGAACAAUUCCCGGACAAAGUGAAUCAGCUAAUUCUCAACUUUCUCAAUAAGCUAUAGUUGAAUUAACAGUUAUAGAAAUGUUUUUGUUUGCUGCUAGCUUUUUGAUAGGUUUCUUCUUCUCUUAGGUUUUUCUGUAUUU